UCACCACGCCCCACACUGCUCCCCCCACAGCUAACCCUACCGCUUCUCUCACCACACCCCACACUGCUCCCCCCACAGCUAACCCUACUGCUUCCCUCACCAUGCCCUACAUUUCUCUGCCCACCACGCCCCAAACUUCUACCCCCACCACACCCCACACUGCUCCCCCCACAGCUAACCCUACCGCUCCCCUUACCACACCCCACAGUGCUCCCCCCACAGCUAUCCCUACCGCUUCCCUCACCACACCCCACAAUGCUCUCCCCACAGCUAACCCUACCGCUUCCCUCACCACACCCCACACUGCUCUCCUCACCUCUUCCCCCACAGCUCCCCCAACAGCUCCCCACACCGCUCCCCACACUGCUCUCCCCACAGCUAACCCUACCGCUUCCCUCACCACACCCCACACUGCUCCUGCCACAGCUAACCCUACCACUUCCCCCACCACGCCCAACACAUCUCCGCCCACCACGCCCCAAACUUCUCCCCCCACCACGCCCCCCACUGCUCCCCCCACAGCUAACCCUACUGCUUCCCUCCCCACACCCCACACUGCUCCCCCCACAGCUAACCCUACUGCUUCCCUCCCCACACCCCACACUGCUCCUCCCACAGCUAACCCUACUGCUUCUCCUACCACGCCCUACACUUCUCCCCCCACCACACCCCACAGUUCUCCCCCCCCAGCUAACCCUACCACUUCCCUUACCACACCCCACACUGCUCCCCCCACCACGCCCCACACCUCUCUUCCCACCUCUUCCCCCACAACUGCCCCAACAGCUCUCCCCUCCACUCCCCCAACAUCCAACCCUACCGCUCUCCCCACAGCUCCCCCCACCACUCCCCACACCACACCCCCUACUGUUUACCACACCACUCCUCCUACUGUGUCCCCUAACACUGUUUGUGAAGAAACAUUAGUCGAUGAAAAGACGCUAUGUGCAGGUGUUAACAGUGUACAACUUCAGCCGUCAGGCAGUGUCUCUGCUCCCUUGUGCAACUUUAGCCUUUCUGAAUAUGCCUGCUCUUCAGUUGCAUCUUCUCUGUCCUCUGACAACCUCAACAAACUGCUGACUUGCAAGGCGGCAACCGUCAUGAGCAACAGCACAGAGACAUGGAAGCUUCUGUUCCAGAAAGUUGCUGGAGUUUUGGAGAAUGCGCUGUCCGCGUACUCCAGCCAGAACCUCAGCAACAGUUUGCCUGUAUCCAGCGUUCUCGAUGCCAUCGGAGAGGUGACCAUCAGCAACUUCAGCGCUUCAGAGCUGACAAAUGCCAGCUUCAUUGCAGCCUGGUUCCAGGUGCGGCUGACACCGUUCUUGCCAUCUGUCUCUGUGGAAUUUCUGUCCUGCCUGAGUACCAAGAACUUCAGCUGCGAUUCCUACCAAGCCGUGGUGCUGGCUCUCAGCCAUCAAGCAUCCUUCAUGGAGGCGGUGACCAAACAGGACGUCUUCCGUGCUUUCAUCCAACCCUUCCUCUCCAGAGAUGACCUGACAGAUGCUGCUUGUCUCGCUAAAAUGACCAGCAGCGCUGAAUGGCUUGAGAAGAACUUUGGCCAGUUCUCCGGCUAUGCUGCCGUGGAGUAUUUACAAAGACUGAAUGCAAAUUUCUCCAGUUUUGAAUCGCUGUCACUGCUGAACCCUACCCAAGUAGCUGAGCUCACACUGAGCUCUGGAGCGCUGAACAGCACAGAUAAGAUCGGUGCUGUGUUCGACAGGCUGGAGAAAGGCAACUCUUUUGUGAACGUGGAAGAGUUUCUGAUGGAACUAAACGCAGCUUCAGAGAUUCUUCAAAUCAGCCCUACUGUGAGCGACGUGAUGAUGAACCGCACCUUCACAAUCAUUGAAGCUAAGUUCGAGGUGUUUGAGACCCACGAUUGGGUGGUGUGGUUUGAAGAGAAUCUCAUUCCUAUCCUGCCCAGUUUCAGCACACAAAUGCUGCUUAAGGUCACAGUUACGGUCAACUGCACCAACUACCAUGUGAUUGUUAAAGGUCUCAGUAUGGCUUAUACACAAAUGCCUGUGCAAAGAAGAAAGGAAAUCGCUGCAAGUCUAGUAGUUUACCUUAAGCAAACUGUGGACCAUAUCAAUCGGCCAACCUGCAAACAGGGCAUCACAAAUGAUUCUGAGUGGCUGGACAUGAACCUUGGUCAGUUCUUCACCUAUGUGCCUUAUUCUGACCUGGCAGAAUUCAACAUCUCUAUGGAAGCUGUGUUUGGCUCUCUAACUGAUGAACAGAAGGUGGAACGAAUCCUGAUCCCAGGUCUGCUGGAGGAUGAAACCUCUGUCAGAGAACUCUUUGCAUCUGUUGUAAACUCUCAAAACCAUUUGGUGGACUUUUUUAACACAUUAAAGAACAUGACUGCGCAGAGUACUGUGUUAAGUGUCAACACUACAGUGAGCAGCAUCAUACUGAACAUGACACUGGUGGCCCUGGAGAACAGAUUCCAAUUCUUCGAUUCACAGACGUUUGCGCUGUGGUUCCAGACAUACCUUCGCAUUUUCCUCCCUGGGAUCGGCCCAGACACCCUCUCAGUCAUCCCCUUGACCAUCAGCUGCAAGUCUUACACAGAAAUUGUGAAAGGCUGUGACGAUGUUUUCAGCAACCUCACACCGAAACAGACUAACGAUGUCUACAGAUUCACAAUGCACUAUCUGACCCGUAAGUCCAGCCCAGGAAACUCCUGUGUUCAGGGCACAAGCAAUAGCUCAGACUGGCUGAUGAAGAGUUUCGGGCAGUUCAGCAUAAGGGCCAACUUCAGUGACCUGAUCAGCCUGAACAAAGACUUUAAUGGGGUUGAAGCCGCAGCGCUCCUGACUCCAUCUCAGCUGGCUCAGCUUUGCUCUGACCCCUCGGGCCUCAGCGGGCCGCAGGACGUUCAGACUGUGAUGAGUGCAGUCGACACACAGCAGCUCUCAGGCUUUUUCGAUCUUCUUUCUCCAAAUAUCUCGCUGAAGCAGGCGUUCCUGCAGGCGGUGUUGAACAGACAGGAUCUGUGGUCUUCAGCGCUCAGUGAUACAGAGGUGUCGUUGUGGAUCACGGUUCGACUGCACCCUCUGCUGUCCACUCUGAGCACUGCAGACGUCUCGCCGUAUUUCACCAUCAUCGCUUCUCGAGGCUGUGAUGUCAGACAGACGGCUGUGACUGUGCUGAGUUCUGUGAGAACAGCUCUAGAUGGAAACACACAGCGUGAGAUUUACAACAGCAUCCAACAGUUACUCGCAGAUCCUCCUCUGCGCUGUUACGCCGGCGGCAGCUACUUCCAGUUCCUUCAGUCCUCCUUCCUGCAGUUCGGUCUCCCAGACCUGAGCAGGGUUCUGUCCCUGAUCCCGCAGGCCAGCCGGCCACAGGUUCUGAGCUCCAUCUCUCCAUCAGAGCUCAGUCAGUUCCUGAAUGCUCCCCAAGCUGUCGGGAACACAUUGGAGCUCUGCCAACUGCUCAGCGUGUACAACCAGACAGCAGUGUAUCUGCAGACGGCGCCGCUGGGCUCGCAGGCUUUGGCCCGUCAGGUGUUGUCCUGUGUGUGGCCUCAAGUUCUGCAACUGGACCUCCCGUCUGAGGUGGACAAGUGGUUCGACCUGCGACUGCUGCGAUACCUGCCAUCGCUCACCUUACAGCUCAUCAGCUCCGCCGAGCUCCAGAGCGCCUCCUGCCUGUCAUACAGAAAACUAAUUUCAGUACUUGGAAGCAACUACAACUACUCUGAGACUAACUUCAGCCCUGAAGAUGUUUACAGCUCCAUCAAGGAGUAUCUCAGUAAUGGUGGCUCUCCGCGGUGUUAUAACGCAGCCGAUCCUCAGCUCAACUCCACAGACUGGUUUGUCAGCUACAUCGGAGUCUUCAUCAGCUACGUCAGUCUGGUCGAUCUCAACUCCUUUGUGUCAUCUGACCAGAUCCGUGUGUUCUUAAAGGACCCAGGGAACCUCCAGCUGCUCAACAGCACCGCGGGUAUUCAGUAUAACGUAGCGGAGUAUUACAUCACACAGCUCUACAUCCUGGACCAGAACUUCAACCCCACCAGUGUGCCGCCGCAGUUCCUCUGUGGAAUCCCUGCCGUGGCGUUUGAGCCUCUCGGAGAAGCAGAGAGUUUGCGUCUCAUCCAAAGCAUCAACAUGUACUGCAACGGCACCCAGAACCCUCAGAUCACGGCUACCCUGGCCGAUAAUCUGCCCUCGCUGUCCACCAACACCAUCGAGCUGCUGGGCAAUCAGAGUGUGGGGCUGACGGAGGGGCAGAUCAAUGCAGCGCCACCUGCCAUCUUCAAGAGCUCUCUGGCCACGCUGAGCACCGUGGAUGGCUGGAGCCAGGGUCAGGCCGACGCCAUCGUGGAGACGCUCAUACAGGCCAACUAUGUGAUCGACAGCGACUCGUCUCUCUUGGCUCUCGGCACGCUGGUCAAAGGCCUUCCGUCAGAUAAGCUCUCCAGCAUCCAGCCCACCACACUCCUCUCCGUAUCCCAGAAUCCCACAUUCAUCAGCAACAUGCUGGCGGCGCCGCAGGUCCUGCAGAUGGUUUACGUCAUGCAGAUCGUGUCCAUCGAUGACAAACAAGUUCUGCAGAACGUUCCGGAUCAGCUGGCCAGCUCCAUCCCGCCGGUGCUGCUGGCUCCACAGGGCUCUGUGAACAUCAGCCUGAUCAACCAGAAGCAGUGGACGCAGGAGCAGGCCAAGGUGCUGUUCGGCUCAGUGGCGAGUGUUAGUCAAGAUGCAGAGGAGCUGUCGGUGCCGGUCCUGCAGGGUUUCAGCUGUACAUCGGUCCAGACUGUCAGCACACAGAAGGUGAAGCAGAUGGUCAGAGCCUGCAGACACAGACCCGGGCGGCGUAGAGUCCAGCUGCAGGAGAGUCAGCUCAUGUGCAUGAACAACUAUUUGAAAGACGAGACCUUGUCCAGCUUCUCUGAUUUACCUCCAGAGGUGCUGCUCUACUACAGCUAUGAGAAUGUCCAGCAGGUGAACUGCAGAUCAUACUUCAGUGCUGUGGGUCAGGCUGAUUUUUCCGUCCUCUCUGGCGUCCUCAACAAACCGGCCGCUCUGUUCGCCAAUGCACGCAGCUGCCUGGGCAUCACGGGUAACAGUCUCAGCAAAGAUCACGUUGCGGUUCUGGGUAACCUGACGUGUACGCUGGACCCCGUCUACAUCUCCAACUCUGAUCCGUCCAUCAUCGAAAGCCUGAAGAACUGCAUGGAGCUGUCGGACUCUCAGAUCUCUGCGGUACAGACGCUGUUGCAGUCGGGAAACACGCCCUACGGGAACUCCUCCACAUGGGGUCAGCAGACGCUGCAGAGACUGGCCAACCUCCCGCUGUACUUCACCAACAGCUUCUGGAGUCUCUUCAGUCCGACUGUGAAGAAGAACUUCAUGACUGUGUUCAUGCCACAUCUGAGGUCAAUAAACACAGACAAGACGAAACUGAAGACACUGUUUAGCAACUGCAACACUGAGUUAUCCGCUAAGAGCAGAAUGAGUCGCUCUACAGUAGACUGCACUGUGGGAAACAUCACUGCAGCCACUAUAGCAGACGCCUCUUUCCCGUUCGGAUACACCGUGACCCAGUUUGAUGCCUGUUUGGACCCCAGAGUCCUGAAGGAUAACCUGGCGGCGGUGGCACAGAAGGUGGUUGACAGCAGCUUCCAGAGAGUCAUUCUGGACAAACUAAAGCAGGUGUAUCCCGCUGGUCUGGCUGACGGUGUGGUGAAGGAUCUGGGCUCAGUGUCUCGUCAGGCCACAGCGCAGGAGAUCAGCAGCUGGAACAUCAGCAGCAUCGACACACUGGCGGCGCUCAUGGACAAAAACAACGGCAACUGGAGCACUGCUCAGAGUCAGCAGGUGAUCCUCAGGUAUCUGAGUGUAAACGGAAACAGUUUGGGCACUAACGAACUGAACAUCAUUAAGUCAAACCUGUGCUCACUGAACACCUCCACCCUUCAGAACAUCACACCUGCAGUUCUGAGGAAUGCGAACGCUCUGGAUCUGACCUCGUGUUCGUCUGAUCAGCAGUCGGUUCUCUACAUCACCGCUAACACCUCAUUCAGAGCUCAACUCAGCAACGGCCCUGCUUACUACCACAUGAUCAGCCCUUACCUCGGUGGAGCUCCAGUUGCAGACAUCAGGAAUCUGGCCUCCUAUAACAUCACUAUGGACAUCAGCACUUUCAGAAGCCUGAGCCUUCCCGUUGUUACGAGUUUGAGUGUGUCAGAUGUGCGGACUCUGCUGGGCUCGAGUGUGUCUGACCUGAAGGUGUUUGAGAAUGACUCUGUGGUCGUGGCCUGGAUCUCCGCUCAGCCGCAGUCUCAGCUAGACACUCUGGGUCUGAGUCUGCGUGGAGGACGAGUGGACUCCAGCACUACCACAGCAGCGUCUGUCCAGACCAGCAGCAGCAGCAGUGGCAGCAACAACAACCCAACCACCACUAGCACCAGCACCACCACCACCACCAGCACCAGCAGCACCAGCAGCAGCAGCAUACAGACAAAAACCACCAGCCAAUCAGCUUCAACCUACAAUGUCACUGCAUAUGGCUCCGCAUCAGCGCUCCGUCUCGCUCCAGGCCUGUUCUUCAUGGUCUCCUGCAUGUGGAUUCUGACUGUAACCUGAUUCCUGAUCAGUCACACUAAUCAUCCAUCAUCUUAAAUUCCUAUAACUAUCUUAAAUCAAUAUCAGCAAUCAAUAAUCUAAUAUUCACACAGAAAUGAAAUGAAUGAGAGCGCUGCUGCUUCAGCUGAUUUACAUGUAUGAGUUUAGCAGAGUUUAGCUUUUAUCCAAAGAGAGGAGGAGGAAGCGCCUCGGGUCAUCAGAUCUACUGAAUCAGUUCACGUCUGUUCUUAACUUAUUUGAUUGUCAUUUUCAUGAUUGUGUAACAAAUAGUCAAAUAUUUAAGCUCUUUACCUCAUAAGAUUAUGAAAUCAUAUUUUGUUCACUUUAUAAAUAAUAGUGUGUUGCCUUGUGUGUGUUAAUAGAUCACUGUUACUUAAAUUCACUGUUACUGUAAAAUAAUUCCUUUUCAAUAAACUAAAUGCAUCAAAUAA